AUGAGCCCCUCUGAUGCCCACAGAGGACACAGUGGGUAUGGGUAUGGCUAUGGCAGCAGGAGCCUCUACAACCUCCGUGGGUUUAGGAAUGUUUCUCCUGGUGGAGAUGGAAGGUGCCUGGGAUUUGGUGUCGGGAGACACCUUGAUAGGGGCUUUGAUGGAAGGAGGAAUUUUGUGGGAGCCUUUGGAGGUGGUGAAGUAGGGCUUGGUAGCAGGUAUGGAAGAAGUUCAGGCAGAGAAGUGCUUGGAGGAGCCCUUGGAAGGGGUGGUUUUGGUGAAGAAGGGGCUGGGGACUUCAGAGGGGAGGCUGCUGUCAGCAGAGGCAUCGAGGAGGUGCAGGUCAACCCCAACCUCCUGAGACCAAUAGAGGUGGAAGUUGACCCCGAGUUCCAGAGAGUGAGGUCAGAUGAGAAGGAGCAGAUUAAGGUCCUCAACAACAAAUUUGCAUCCUUCAUUGACAAGGUUCAGUGUCUGGAGAGGCAGAACCAGGCUCUGAUGGCCAAGUGGGAACUUCUGCAGCAGCAAAGUACCCGACCAGAAGAGAGCAGAAACAUCACCUCUUUCUUCCAAGCUUACAUCAGCAGCCUGGAGAGACAACUUGAGAUGCUCCACAACCAGAAGGAGCAGUUGGAUCCAGAAGCCUACAACAUGCUUCAGCUUGUUGAAGAUUAUAAAAAGAGAUUCGAGGAUGAGAUCAACAAGCGUGCAGCUAAAGAAGAGGAGUUUGUGGAGCUUAAAAAGGAACUGGACAAUGCCUACAUGGGAAAGAUGGAGUCUGAGGUUCGCCUGGAAAUCCUGAAGCAGGAGCUGGAGUUCCUCAGGUGUUUACAUGAAGCCGAGCUGUCCCAGUUGCAAACAGUGGUUGGCACCACGGAUGUGAUUCUGUCCAUGGACAACCACAGGGAACUGAACAUGGAUGGAAUCAUUGCAGAGGUCAGGCAGGAAUACGAGGCAAUUGCUCAGAGGAGCAAAGAUGAAGUGGAUUCCAUGUACCAGGGAAGGUACCAAGAUCUUCAGAACCUGUGGGUGAAUCAACGGGAGCAGCUGAGGAACAGCUACCAGGAAAUCCAGGAAUAUUUGAGACAGAUCCAGAGAAUACAACAAGAGAUUGAAAUUGCAAAGAAAAGGAAUGCUGCCCUCCAAGAAACCAUUAAGGCUGCUGAGCAGAGAGGGAACUCAGCCAUCAGUGAUGGUCAUCAGAAACUCCAGGAGCUGGAAAACGCCCUGCAGCAGGCCAAAGAGGAUCUGACUCAACUCCUCCAUGAUUAUCAGGAGCUUCUGAAUGCAAAAUUGGCCUUGGAUAUUGAAAUUGCCAUGUACAGAUCACUCCUUGAGGAGGAGGAGACCAGGUAG